AUGUCCCGGCAUUCUGGCUCCAAUAUGGCGCGUGUGGGUCAAGUAAGCCAUGAGAUUCUCACGCUGGUCCCCAGGUUUUGCCUGACCGCGAUCAAGACUAUGGCUACCGAUGAGAUUACCUCGCUGAAAGCGCUCGUGUCAGACGCUCUGGCCAAGCGAGGCGUAUUGGGCAAGAUCAAGGCCCAACUACGAUCCUCUGUUUUCAGUGUACUUCAGAAUGAAGCCAAGCCUUUACCUCUUGAAAAUGGCAAAGUUCAAGCCUUGCAUGCGUCACCGGAUGGCCGAAUAGCUCUUGCUUUAGUGCGCGACUUUCUCAAACAUCUCGAUCUUGAGUAUACUCUUGCAGUGUUUGACCCUGAAGCCAGCAUGACAGAUCUGGUUCUGAACGACGUUGAAGUACACUCUGCCCUCAACCUUCCUGAGAAGGAGGACAAAGACAAGCCACUACUCUUACACUUGUUGGACAAUCGCGGGUCACAACAAUUGCGACCCAUCAAGUCAGUACCAGUACCACAAUCAAAAUCGACAUCUUCAUGGCCACCACCCUCUCCUAUUCCCAUCUCACCUGUUGCCACACCGUCUGGCCCACCACCUACCACCCGACUACCACCUCCGCCACCCCCAACGCUCCCAGCUGCGCCAGCAUCGCAAUUCCCUCUGCUGGGCUCUAAAUCAACGCCAGCAUCCACAGAUGACGAUGAGGAGAGUGGAGAGGAUGAUAUGCUGGAAAAGAUGGAUGCCAUUUUGGGAUCAUUUGAAGAAGAGGAUGAAAGUCUGCUUGGGACACAAAGAAAUCGACAUGCCGUUGAUCAACCAAAGCAAGCAGCUGACAAGAAUGUGACACCUGAAGAGGAAGAAAUUGAAGAAAUGAUCGACGCCGCACACUCUGAUCAAGAGGCAAGUUACAUGAACCUCAAUCGACCUGGACAGCUGUCGGACACUGAAUUCAUAACGAGCGAUCGCACCGUCAGCCCGGCUCUCAGUGCGGCGGCGUAUGAUCACGAGGAGGAUGUUGAGAUUGACCUGAAAGAAAUAUGAGCAGACACUAGAACAAUUGUGCACCCAGGUGUGCACCCUUGUGCGCGAGUUGGAGUGGCCGUGCAGAAGGAAACCAUGAAAGCGCAAGCGUGCAAUGCAGAGAGAGACGCGCUCGUACGUAAGCAAGCAAUAAGCGCGUCAUGAGAAAUAGACAAGGAAUAAAAAUUAACUUUUUGCUGAGUGAGAAACUGCGUAUUUACCAAAGCGGGGAAUAUGCAGAAAUAAACAGACAAAAUCAUUUCAAGGAGUUUACGGUAUGCCAUGCAAACUUGAAGUGUGCCGUUGGGCUGGGUCCACGACAUGUGAGCAAAAAAAAAAAAACAUUUUGCAUAAAGAUGAUUUUUUAAUAUUUCUCACUUGACAUGAGGGCGAUAUGGGAUAUUUUCCCCAAGUUUUUAUUUGGAAUAAAUUACCUUGCGUUCCGUAUCUUGGUAACAAAUUUUAGUGGGGGGGGAGUUGUUACUGAAAAGGGCAAGUUGCUAUUUGGAUGUAGCUUAUGGAAAACUAGUGAAAAUCAU